UCUGGCUGUUAUACAUAAGCCUAUUGUAUAGCCUAGUGAGAGGCAAGCUAAAAUAAUGGCGGGUUUUUAAGCGUCACGUUACAUAGCGCGACCUUGAAAACCCGUGUUGUUGACUUCCAUAUGAUUCUUCAGCAUUAAAGAAAGUAUUGAUAGGGUUCUUCUCACCCUCAAUAUAGCAUAUCUUCAAAUUAGAUGCAGUGCUGCUAAAGACUGAAAGUUUCAGUUAUCUUGCAUCUUGCAACAUAUAUGACUCCAGGAUGUUUAUCAAUAAAGAUAUUCUCUCUAGAUUAUUACUUUUCGUUGCCAAAUGAUUUACUGGAUAUAGGGUAUUCAAAGUUUGCAAGAUGUUACUCACAUCGGAUCCCGAUCAUUCGAGUUUAUGGCACAACACAUACAGGCCAGAAAAUAUGUGCCAACGUACACGGGGUUUUGCCGUACAUUUUCGUUGAGCUGCCAAAUGUGGAGUCAAAUAUUCAUGAGUUCGUCCAGUCGUUUGUUCUCAGCCUUGAAAAAUCCAUUCGUGCAAAGUUUAGCACUCUUAAUGUCAGAGACGUCAUAGUUUUUGACGCUUCGGUGGUAUCUGGUUUUUCGAUAUACGGUUAUCACGAAUCAAAAAAACCUUUCAUCAAGCUUUACCUUGUCGACCCCAGUUUGGUUUCCGUCUGUUCCGAGAUAUUGCUGAGUGGGGUCGUAUUAAAUCGUCCCUUUCAAACUUAUGAAUCACAUAUUCCAUACUUAUUACAGUUUUGUGUGGAUUAUAAUCUGUUUGGUAUGAACCUGCUUUAUGCAGGGUAUUUUAGAUUCCGUACCUCAAAUUCUGUAGGAUUUCCGUCGUUGGUAAGAAGCUCGGAAAAUGCUUGGAAUCCCCAAAAAUUUGGUUCGGAGUAUCUUUUAUCACCAGAAUCUAUUCCAAAAUGUACAAGUAUGGAACUAGAAGUUGAUAUAUCUGCUUGGGACAUACUGAACCGUCGAGAUCUGCAAGAUAAUCUAUCUAUAAAUCCUGGCCUAGAAGCUAUGUGGCAUGAAGAGAAAAUGCGUCGUGCAUCAAAAUGUAACAUUUCAGGUGAAAGACUACCUGAAAUGCCUACUCCUGAUGAAUUAUUACCAAUUAAACAGAGUGGUGUAGUUAAUCUGUCAACAAGUGAAACGCAUUAUCUUACUCAAUGGAAUAAUUUACUUUAUGAUCAACAUACAUCUUUGGAACUUCAACAAGAUAUAAACUGUACAGAUUCAUCUGAUCCGAAUGAGUACAUUUCUAAUUGGCUUGAAUCCAGCCAAACAGAUGAUGAUAAUUUUGAUUAUGAUUAUGACGAUGAUAAUGACGACAAAUUGGGCAAUAUUAACAAUGAAAAUGUUUAUGAUGAAGAUAACAAUACUCAACUAUCCGCUACUGUUCAACAUACUCAAGAAUCAAUUGAUUUAAAGUCUCCCAUUAAUAGUACUCUACAGCAACCGCUAGUUAAAACAAAAUCAGUAAGUAGUUUUACAACGAUAAGUUCAGCCGGUUUAGAAGAUCUUUGUCGUUUAGCUAAUGCAAUCGAAGAAUUUGAUGCAUGGGUACCAACACCUGAACAAUUGGAUCAGUUGCUUAAUAAUGUAGAAUAUCCCACAGAAGUUCAUUCUUCGUUGAAUGCAACAAAUAUUCAGCAUCCUCGAUUAUUGACUAGUGAUGAUGAUGAUGAUGAUGACGAUUGGAUUUGUAGUCCUAUUGAGUUGGCUAAGAACAAAACAUUUGAUAACAAUGUUUUGAACAGUACUUUGACUAGUCGAAAUUCAAUCAUCCACCAGUCUAAUGUCAUUGGUAUAGACAAAGGACAGGAUGAUGACAAAACUUUAAUUUUAAAUGCAGCACAAUGUGCUCUGUCGUUUGUAUGCAGUCAACAAUCGGGGGUAGAUAAACCAACAGUUGGAAGUCUCUGUGCUACAAAAAAUGAGAUAACCGAAGAUGAUGAGUGCAUGUCUCAACCUGUUGGAAGUUAUUUGGAUAGUGAUGAUAUAUUCUACUCUAUAAAUCAUUCUAAUGAAGUGUUUAUCCCAACGCAAGAUUUGGAAUCACUUCAUGAAAUCGAUGAGGAUGAUGAAGAAUCAUGUGAUGCGUUCCAUUUAAAUUCAACUCCUUUACAAAACAAGAAUAUAAAUGAACAAAUUUUCCAUACACAGGAUGAGUGUACAUUGUCUGAUUCUCCUAUAAUUCUUUCACCUUUAUGUCGGUCUGCAGAAAAUUCUCCACCAGAUGUCGCUGGGAAGAUUGUGAAACCUGACUUUCAAGUUGAUAGUGUUUCAGACAUACUUUUUGAUUCUUGGAGUUCUGAAAGUGAUACUUCAAAGUCAGGUAAUUGUAUACCUCAAGUUGAUGGAAACGUGGACACUAAUAGUGAUGGUGAUAAUCAGAGUAGUAGUACAAGUACUUAUUCUUCGAAUACUACUGUACUCAAAGCUAUCGGUGAAAGAAAUCGUCCUAGAAAACGUCGACGUCUUAGUUUACGUUUACCAAGAAAACACAUUCCAACUACUCAAAUUACAAAUACACAAAGUACUUGUACAACAACAUCAAUUAUAUCGUCAUUUAGUUCAUCUAGCCUUCAAUUGAAUGAUAGUGAUACUAGUGUUUCUAGUGUUUCAUUGAACAAAUCAACUUCAAUUGUAAAUAAAAAUCAAUUUAUUUUUGAAGAAAACUUACUAACUGAUCUUAACAACUCAACAACUUGUCAUUCUUCUACUGGAAUAAACUAUUCAGUAUCUAAUAGUAAUAAUCUAUCAAAUCCUGUUGUCCUUCUUGAACGUUUACCGUCACAUUUUGAGGUAACUGAAACAUCUUUUCAACAAUCAGGACGUUUAACACCCCCUGAAGAAUUUUCAGAUCUUGAAAAUACUAUGAUAGCUAAUUCAGAAACACAAACACCAAAAAUGAAUUAUUCAUCAAUUGUUUUGUCUGAACAACUACCUCUAUUUUCUUCAUUUCAUCAUGAUUUUCCAGAUACCCCAUGUUCACCAUAUACUUCCAGUUUAUAUACAGAUAAACUAAGUCUUUGUUCACAAACACAAUUGUCGCCAUUUAGUGAUAUGGAUAAUCGAUCUACAAUUCAAUCAAUAAUGACACCAUCAUCUUCACUUCCUUGUACUCCAUUUUGGCGUCCAGUAUAUCCAGCUCCUAGAUUAGAGGUUGUAACUAAGUGGCUUAAACAAUCAAAAACAUCACAGGAUUUUAAAAAGUCAGAUGUUAUGAAGAAAGAUGCCGUUUGUACAGAUUCACAGUCGGAAAAUAAUAAAGCGAUCAACCUUUCGAAUGACUUAUUUCCACAGUGUACAACUGUUAAUCUAAUAUCAUCAACUAUUAAUGAACAAAGUACCAAUGAUGAUUAUCAAACACUUUUAUAUUCAUCGAAUAAUGAACAAUCUAUUGAUACAACACAACAUUCAUCUGGCAAUUCUGUUAGUGUUUUAUAUCAAGGUGCUAAUCAACGUUGUUUCUCAUCGGUUCAGGUUGAUCAUACAACUGUAGCCAGCUUAGAAUUACAUUGUUCUAGUCGUCUAACAAAAUCACAAACUGUAUCUAAUCAGAAAAAUGUCAAUAUAUUAAUAGAAUCGAAAAUAACCAAAAAAUCAUUAAUAAAAUGUGGUCUAAUACCAGAUCCAGCCUUUGAUCCUAUUCAAGUUGCUUGUCUUAGUUUUCUAUAUCCACAACCAUCAUCUAUAAUAGAAUCUACUGAUAAUCCUCAUCUAACUAAUUUAUUUGUUUUAAUUCAUUCUAAUGAAUUAUCUAAUACAAAUAUUGGAUUAUUUAAUAAAUAUUGUCAUGGAUUAACAAAUUAUGGUUAUAGAAAUAAUAAACAUAAAUUACAACAUGUAAUUCCUUGUAUAAUUUGGUGUUCAACUGAAUGGAAUCUUAUAUCUUGGAUUGUUUAUUUAAUUCAAACAUUUGACCCAGAAAUAUUGAUUGGUUAUGACAUUGAACGUUUUUCAUGGGGUUAUCUUGUUGAACGUGCUAAUCACCUUGGACGACGUACUUUUACUAGAGAAUUAUCGCGUUUAGCAUCAGACAUUAUAAACUGCCCUCAUUGUCGUCAAUGUAUUGCUAAAUGCAUUAAAAUGGUUCAAACACCACCACCAACAUCGUCAUUGUCUACCACUCCUACAAACAGUGGUAUUAAUAGUUGUAUUUUCACUGAAAGAAAUAGUCCUUGGCACUUUAAUACUGAAGAAUUUGUUAAAGAUCUAAAUGACCUAUGUAAUUGUCCAUGCAGUCCGUUGUAUUCCUCAACAACAACAAACAAGCAGUCGGAUCAUGCUAAUACCGCUAAUAUUAAUUAUCGUCGCAUAUGGCCAUGCGAUUCUGCUGCUGGCCGUACUGGAGGUCCAUUCGCUUGUCCCGGUCGUGUUGUUCUAUGUUUUUGGAGGAUUUUAAUGCAUGAAGUCAGCUUAUUUGAGUACAGUGUAGAGACUGUAGUGUAUCAUUUGUUGAAGGAAUUUAUGCCUCGUUAUACAUUUGCACAGUUGAAUGAAUGGUAUAUCAAUGUGAAUGGAGCUAAUCGUUGGCGCACAAUCGACUAUUGGAUACGUCGUUCUAUUGUAAAUCUGAGAUUAUUGAAUACUUUAGAUUUAAUCGGUCGAACAAGUGAAUUUGCUCGUAUAUUUGGUAUUGAAUUCUAUCAUGUUCUAUCUCGUGGUUCUCAGUAUCGAGUUGAAUCUCUACUCUGUCGAAUUGCAAGACAAUCAAAUUUUAUUUUACCUAGUCCAAGUGUUACACAACGUGCUCAUCAACUUGCUCCAGAAGGGAUUCCAUUGAACUUAGAACCAGAAAGUGUCUUUUUCAUUGAUGGUCCUGUGGCUGUUCUUGACUUUCAAUCAUUAUAUCCAUCUGUUAUAAUCGCCUAUAAUUAUUGUUAUUCUACACUGUUGGGACGUCUUUCAUGUCUUCUUGAAGGUGAAGAAGUUUCAUUCAACCUUGGUUGUUUAUCACAUUCACUACCAUCUGGUCUGAUCAAGAGAAUCGGUCGAGAAGUUAAUAUAUCACCAAAUGGAGUUGUAUUUGUGAAAAAAUCAAUAAGGGAAGGAAUUCUACCACGCAUGUUAAAACAGCUGAUAACAACUCGUUUAAUGGUGAAAGAUUCAAUUAAAUUGUAUAAAACAAAUAAGUGUUUAAACAGAUUACUAGAUGCACGACAGCUUGGAUUAAAAUUAAUGGCUAAUGUGAUAUAUGGUUAUACUGCGGCAAGUUUUUCUGGACGUAUGCCGUGUGUAGACCUUGGUGAUAGUAUUGUGCAUAAAGCCAGAGAAAUUUUAGAAAAUGCUAUUGAACUAGUUAACAGUGGCAAGAUUGUAUUACCAGAUAAUUGUAACGGUCUUCCAACACCACUAGUAGUCUACGGUGAUACAGAUAGUUUAUUUAUACACCUUAAAGGUUAUGGUAAAUCAGAAGCAUUCGAUGCUGCAUAUCAAAUUGCCAAGGAAGUAACAUCAAUGAAUCCUGUACCCAUUAAAUUAAAACUUGAAAAGAUUUAUUAUCCAUGUCUAUUAGAGGCAAAAAAACGAUAUGUUGGUUAUGCUUAUGAAACUGUUGAACAAAAUAAACCUAUAUUUGAUGCAAAAGGAAUUGAAACUGUAAGACGUGAUAGUUGUCCAUUUGUAGGAGAAGUUCUUGAAGAAUAUUUUAAACUUCUCUUUAAUCAUUUCACUAUUCCAAAUUGUUUGAAAGAUAUAGAAGGGAAUUUACAUGAAGAUAAAGUUAAUCAACCUUAUAAACAUUUGGAUAAAAUAUUAAAACUUGCUGAAAAUAAUCUAAGAAAUAAAAUUCAACAUUUUGCCUAUCUUCUUAUACAUGGAAGAAUACCAUUUCAUAAAUGUAUUAUUACUAGACCAUAUUGGGGAUUAUCCUCUUAUAAACCGGGAACAUUUGCACCAGCAUUACAAGUUGCCAAACGUCUUCUUUCCAUGGAUCCACGAGGUGAACCAUCACGUGGUGAACGUGUUGUUUAUUAUGUAGCAGCUGGAAGAUCUGAUCAAACUUUAUUAUCAUGUGUUCGAAGUGUACAUGAAAUUUAUCCUUCUUUAUGGAUUACUGGAAAAUCUACUACAUCACGUCGUGUUCUAGGACCACGUUUAAAUUAUGCAUAUUAUUUGGAUAAACAGUUUAUACCUCCAAUUGAAAGAAUGACACAAGUUAUUGGUUGGCGUGUUCGAACUUGGUUAUCAGAACUUCCUCGUUACUUCACUUCUAAACAUCAUCGAUAUAUUUUGACUUCAGAACCGUCUCAUUUUUAUCCUUCAAGAGCUCAACAUCAAUUCAUCAAUCUAGGUUCACCAUCUUCAUCGUUUAUUUUAUCUCCUAAUUCAUCACAACUUGAUUUAAUUUCACAAAAUCAACAUAAACAUAUUUAUCGUCCUUCAUCAUUUAUGCGUGCUUUUGUUGGUCAACCACCACGAAUUUGUCCCAGUUGUGAAAUAUUAAUACCAAAUACUAGUUCUACUGAUCAAUUAGGUCAUUGUAGAACUUGUAUUAAUGGUAAUUCACGAUUAAUGAAUAUUGGAACUAUAAAAUUUGGUUGUAAUGAAAAGUGAUUCAAAUUUAGAAAUACGAGUUAUUCACUUUCGAUUUAAUGACUUGAUGUUAAUGUGAAUGAUAGAACUUACUUAUGUACGCAUGUUACCCCUCGUAGAUCUGUAUUGGCCGCCCACCGGGAUUCUCCACGCAACUCUAUCCUCGACAAUCCUUUCCAAUUCUCCAUGUAUUGUGUUCUUUGAUCUUCCUGUUCUCCGUUUCCCUUCAGGAUUCCAUAUUUAGGUUUGCCUUGUAAUACCGUUUAAUGAUUGCGAACAUUAGAUAAAUAGAAUAUAUUUAUUCAAUUGUAUUAUAUUUAAAGAAAAAAACUUCACUUCUACCUGAAGUUUGUGCUGCUGCUGCUGAUGAUGAUGAUGAUGAUGAUGAUGUCGUUCAGAAGUAUGAUAAAAGCUUCAUAACUAAACCAUCCAGCUCAAAGAACAAAACUUCAUCUAAAUCACAGAUAUACAUAUACAUAUAUAUAUAUAUAUAUAUACAUAGCUUUUGAAUGUUUCAAUAUAAAAAGUAACCGUUUAAUUUCUAUCCAUUCAUUCAUUUCUCUUUCUAUCUCAUUAUAGAUUCAUCAUGUACAAUCACAAUUGAAUCGUUUAGAGACAAUAUGUUCAUAUUGUAUAAUUCAUCGUGGUAUUACAUGUGAUACUAUAUGGUUAUGUAAUAAUUUUUUUUGUCCAAUCAAUAGUCAACGUUUAAUUGCUUCAACUGAUUUAGCUUUAUUUUGGACACAUUAUAAUAGAUGUUUAAAACAAAUGGAUACUAUAAAUUCAUGGUAAUAAUAAUGAAUAAUGGUAUGAGAUAAAUGGAAAUCAUUGGUUAUUCUCUUUCUGUACCUCCCCACCGCCACCACCACCACCAUUUUCUCUCCCUCCCUCUCUUUCUAUGUGUUUGUAUGUAUAUGUAUGCUAAUAUUUACUUUAUAACUUCUUUUGUUCAAUUUAUCUUUUAUUGAUAUAUGUGUAUAUUAUAAUCUAUGUCAAUGAUCUAAUGAUUAACAUACAAACUGAUCAUGAAGUGAUCUGUCUUUUGACUGAAUGUUAGAUUUGGCCCUUAAGCUCUGCUAGUAAUCGUGGAAUACGAUGAUGAUGAUGACGAUGACAACGACAAUUCUAUAUGCGGAUUGUUCGAAAUAAUUACAGUGAUUCUCGUCCAGUUACUGGGUGACUUUGGUUCUUCUUUUUUUUUUCUCAACCCAUCAUCACUGUUCUUAAUCGUUAGAAGUGUCAUGUUUUAAGUCCACUUCUUGUAGAGUUAUAUUUGAACAUUGUUUAAUUUUACUAAGAAUUCUGGUUCUGAUAUCGGCACCUUUAGGUGACUGCAAGUUGUAUACCAAAAAAAGACAUUUAAACUGA